GUAAAGUAAGUCGUAAUGCCCAUCACCGCUGCCUGGCCAGGACUGAGGGGUAAGCUCAGCGCGCAUAGUUUGGGUGAGCAGCUGACAGCACAUGCUGUGGUGAGGGUGAAAGACUGGCGGAGUCGACGGGAGCCUCCUCGGCGUUUUCACCGAGCAGGUGCUGCAAUGCGUGCCUCGUAAGGAACGGCGAGCACCUGAGCUUCGGAAGCCCUAGCAUGGGACAGCUAUGUUGUCCAGGAAAGGACUCAUUCCCGACGACUUCGUGGUGACCCGUCUGGCUGAAGAUGUCCUGCAGCCCAAAUUCAAGACGAAGCAGCGCAAGGCGCGCUUCGUGGACAAGAACGGCGCGUGUAACGUAGCGCACACGAACAUCCGCGAGCAGGGCCGCUUCCUGCAGGACGUCUUCACCACGCUGGUGGACCUCAAGUGGCUGCACACGCUCUUCAUCUUCACCAUGUCGUUCCUGUGCAGCUGGCUGCUGUUCGCCAUGAUUUGGUGGCUCAUCGCGUUCGCGCACGGCGACCUGGACGCGGGGCGCGCGGACGCUGUGCCGUGCGUCACGGACAUCCACUCGUUCUCCUCCGCCUUCCUCUUCUCCAUCGAGGUGCAGGUGACCAUCGGCUUCGGCGGCCGUAUGAUCACGGAGGAGUGCGCGUCGGCCGUGCUCGCGCUCAUCGUGCAGAACAUCGUGGGCCUGGUUAUCAACGCCAUCAUGCUGGGCUGCAUCUUCAUGAAGACGGCGCAGGCCAACCGGCGCGCGGAGACGCUCAUCUUCAGCAAGCACGCGGUGGUGUCGGCGCGCAACGGCCGCCUGUGCUUCAUGUUCCGCCUGGGCGACCUGCGCAAGAGCAUGAUCAUCAGCGCAACGGUGCGCAUGCAGCUCGUGCGCCGUGGCGCCACGGACGAGGGUGAGGUGCUGCCGCUCGAGCAGAUCGACAUCCAGACGGACAACCCGGUGGGCACGAACGCCAUCUUUCUCGUGUCACCGCUCAUCAUCAGUCACGUGAUCGACCGCAGCAGCCCGCUGUACGACGUGAGCGCCGCCGACCUGCAGCGCCAGGACAUGGAGGUGAUCGUGGUGCUGGAGGGCGUGGUGGAGACCACCGGUAUCACCACGCAGGCACGAACGUCCUACGUCUGCGAAGAGAUCCUGUGGGGGCAGCGCUUCGUGCCCAUCGUGUCCGAGGAGGACGGCAUGUACGCCGUGGACUACUCCAAAUUCGGCAACACCGUCAAGAUCCCGACGCCCAGCUGCAGCGCCAAACAGCUGGACGAGGAGGGAGGACUGGCCAGAUUCAGGCUCAGAGAGUCCGCCGCUGCCCGGGGCUCAGUGAGGAGGAGAAUCAAACAGCAGCAGAGCACCAGCAAAGAGGAGUGAGCUCUUAUUUUGGAAAGGAAACGGACGUGUGCGCGUGUGUUUGUGGGACAGUGGAGGUGGGCUCGAGAGAGUGAGAUGUUU